UGCAGUUUCGAUGGAGAAAACUUCGAUAAAAGCACUACUCCGUUUAAAUCCUCAAAAUAUACAGCCAAAGGUUGGAUGGCAAUUUGCAUGUUAUCAGCUGCAAAUCUUGGUAGCACUACAGUAUACAGUUGCAUUGCCCCUUUUUAUCCAAAUGCAGCAAAAGUCAAAGGUCUAGGAAGCUUUGAAACAGGCAUUGUAUUCGGGAUUUUUGAGCUAAUAAUGUUUUUUGCUGCUCCGCUUUUCGGAAAAUAUGUAAUCUUAGGACACAAAAGAAUGUUUGUUUUUGGUAUCGCUGUUACUGGUACAACUGCUAUGCUUUUUGGCUUCUUAAAUUACAUUGAGUCAUCGUCAUUAUUCUUCUGGUGUUCAGUAACUAUUCGCAUUGCUGAAGCAGUUGGUGAUGCCGCAUUCGUAACUUCGUCGUUUGCAAUCGCUGCGAAACGCUUUCCCGGGCGUGUCGCAACUAUUAUUGGAAUACUGGAGACAUUUGCUGGACUUGGCUAUACUGCUGGUCCUCCUCUCGGUGGAAUGCUUUAUGAGAUCGGUGGUUUUCAAUUACCAUUUCUUGUCUUGGGACUUGUUCUUCUAUUUAUAUCAUUACUUGCAUAUUUCUUGAUUGAAAAAAUUGAUGCUAUGAAUGGUAAAGAUAUGCUCGGGAUGUUGAAAAUACCUGUAUUUUGGAUAAUGAUUUAUGCUGUUUUUUUGUGUGCCAUAUCGCUAUCAUUUCUGGACCCGACCUUAGCUCAUCAUUUAGAAUCGUUCAAACUUUCGACAACUGUCGUGGGAUUAAUGUUUUUGCUGUGUGGUGGAAUCUAUACGAUAACAGCAAUGUUUUGGGGCGUAAUUGUUGAUAAAUUUAGCUGCCACCGGGCAAUAUUAUUUUUUGGUGCUACUGCUGUAGUAUUAAGUAUGGUUAUGAUUGGCCCAUUACCUUUGUUGAAAGUUGAAAAAAAUUUGGCUUGGAUUGCGAUUGCUUUAGGUGUGCUUGGCGUAGCUGCAAGUGCCAUAUACAUUCCAACUUUUCAAGCUUGUAUUGAUGCUGUUUGUGAAUACGGUUAUGAGGAUUCAGCGCAAACAUAUGGAUGUGUUUCAGGUGUUGUGCAGUCCGCAUUUGCUUUUGGUUCAUUCAUCGGUCCUACGAUUGGUGGCUUAUGUGCUGAAUGGAUUGGUUUCGCAUGGACAGCUGCUAUCAUAGCCUUAUUAAAUAUCAUUUUUGUUAGUUUUUGCGAUAAUUUUAGAGUGAAAUGA